GGUUUUUUUUGCGGCUUGAUGGCGGCUUGGCUACGUUUUCGUCAUCAUCCAAAUAUUCCGAUUACUUUUAAUUUGUAAGAGCUAAUUUAAUUACUAAACCGUUAGCUAAAUAGGUAGGCACCUGUCUGAUUAUAAUCCGUUACUAAUAACGUGAGGUUUCGCCUGCUGCAGCUGUUCUUGAGCUAUACUACAGCCAUGUUCGAUGUGCACUAUUUACCAACAAACAAAUCACAGUAAUAUUAUAAAGGUCUGUGUGUACACACUUUCACUCACAUGCAAGCCAUAUAACAGUAACAUGGCAACAGACACACAAGACCAAAAUGUGGUCCUUAUUGAGGAUGAUGAUGAAAUGGCUAGUGAAAAUGCCAAUGAAGAGUCUAAUAACCAGCCUAAUCAAAAUUCAAAAAACAAUGUAGGCACACAGAUGGCAAAAAGACCUCCAAACCAAAACAAAGGUCCAAAAAACAAGAAAUUCUUCCAGAAUGAUCGUUACAAUAAUGCUUACGGGGAUUACAGCGGUGGGUAUGGCCCGCCCGGUUUUGGGUACGGCCGCAAUUUUACGAGACCUCAGUUUGGGCCCCCACCGCCUCUGUUUCCCUCUGGGCCUGGGCCACAGGGGCCUCCACAUUUCAUGUGGGGAAGAGGAUUUGGACCGCAAGGCCCACCAAUGCGUAGGCAACCUACAGAUGACAGGACAGUAAAAUAUCUUGCGCGAUGCGGUGUUGGAAAGGAACACCUGAAGAAUCUACCGCGAGAUCUGCUGCAGUUGAUGGAGCCAGAGUACUGUGGUAUCUGCGCUCAGAGUUUUGACUCAUUUGCUACUUCUCGGAUUCACUACAUAUCCAAAAACCACUUGAAAACUCAAAAAAAGUGGUUAAACCGACAACCGGAUGUUGGUUUUCGCCGCGGCAAAGAGAUAGCGCUGAAGGCCCGCGAACUGUACUGCGAGCUGUGCGACGUGCACAUCACGUCCAAGAGCCACUCGGACUCUCACUACGCCGGGAAACCGCACCGAGCGAUUGUCGAGGGACGUAAGAACCCGAAGAAUCCAUUUUUGCUGCAACGCGGAAUGGCUGAUAGAGUGUCGCAGCUCAUUCGCCGCGAGAAAAAGCAUCUGAAGGCCGAAGGCGAGGUAGAGGAAGACGAGAACAAGAAGGAGAAGGAAAUGAAAAACAUUCAACCAGAACUGUAUUGUGAUAUCUGCAAGACUUCUGUGACAUGCACCGAGCAGAUGACAAUGCACCUCAAUGGCAAGAGGCAUCUCAGCAAGGAGAAGCAGCAUAUACUCAAGAUGAUGAAGGGAGAAACUGAUGAGGCCAAUGAUGAGUCUCAGGAGAAGGAUGAUGAAGAGGAAAUGGAAGUAGGAGAAGGAGAAGAAGAAGAAGAGAAAGCAGAAGGAGAAAAUGAAGCCUUUGUUGAUGAUGACUGGGGCAAUGGCAGUGGCACCUGGGAGGAUGCUCCUACCAAAAAUGAUGAUGCUUGAUCAGCAUCUUCGGCAUAUUGGUAUCGGAUGGUACGCUGGCUCGGAUCACCGUUCGUCCAUCAUCCUCUGUUUAUUCUUUUUAUUCUUAAAAUAUAAAGUAUAUUAUUAAU